AUGACCGACCACGAUAUACGCUCUGCAGUAAUCGAUCUUACAGGAAGCGAUGAUGACCUUCCAAUGUCAUACGAUGGACUACCGCGGUCCCUGCCCCCUCGACCCCCUCAUCGCUUUCAACAUCCGCAGCCGCGAACAACAAACGCACAUUAUCCCCCAAGAUCGAGUCCGCCCAGGGCGCCGACAGUAUGGAAGCACGCACUCGUUGCCCAGCCUGGGCAAUCGAGUCCUGGACUCGACUAUCAGGGAGCCGGGCCGAGAAAGAGGAGAAAGGUGACAACAGAUUCCGCGCGUGGAUCCAGCAGUGGAAGCAAUUCGCCGCGAGCUCCAAAUCAAGGGACUCACCUUCACACCUAUCCGCCCAAAGUUAUGAUCCGAUCAAGUGGCCCUGUUACCGAGAAGAGCACACCAAAUUAUAAUACACAAGAAGAGAGAUCGACUGAUAGUGAACAAGCAGCCCAGGACAGAUUAACGCAAGAACGAAUCGUGCUCAAUCAGGUACUCAAGUCGCAAGUCUUUCCCCACAUACGGAAUAGUAUUGAGCGCUUUUCGUCCGUGUUAGACCUUAGCGCAGAGGAAAAUACUAUUGUCGGUGCAAAGACUGCUGGGGAGCUGGUUAAGCACCCCGGAUUUUUGAAGGAUUUCGAAAGCCAUGGAAACAAGCUAUCGGCGAUUUACGAGACUUUCAUUUCUAGUAGAGCGACCGUUCUUGUUGCUGACUUUGCGCGAGAAUGUGUGAAGCAACGAGAAACUAAUAAUCAUCGGGACUCCGUAGCACAGUUAUCCAGAUCUGCCGCACCGAUCGCAGACUCUGAUAUAUUGCGAAGCUCGUCGGAAACAUCAGAGGAUUACGCGGAGUUGAGUGAGGAUAUUUCAAUUCGACCGACUAUUGUUGUCGCUAAAGACCGGGAGUAUUCUUCAUCGCCUGCUACAUCAUUCAGCACGGAUCCUGAAUUGAGGAAAGACAUCGCGCCGGAACGUGACACAAAUUCCGCCAUGCAAGCGAGUGAUGUUGUGCAACUGGCACAGGAGGCCAAAGAAUUCGGUGCAAUCCAUGAGAUGAAGAAAAGGAAGCCCGCAAAGCGAUUACCAAGCCUCGAGCAAAACACACCAGCGGUAUCUAAUGUAGACGACACCUUGAUUCGCCCAUAUCUAAGUGUCGAUGAGAGGGAACGACGAGCUAGAAAAUUGCGCCAUCGUUAUCACAACAGCGACCAUUAUGUAGCACGUGAUAUUGACCACUUUGACUUUAUUCGGGAGGAAACAGAACAAAUAUGCAUUUCGAUCAAGUCGGCGCUGAUGAGGUACGAUGCUAGUUCGUGCUUGAACCCACUGGAACAGUUGUCAAGCUUCAUGGCUGGCAAAAGUAAAGAUGAGGCGGCACGCCUUAGCAAGCUGAUAUGUGAAAAGGUUCAGUCGCCUGGUGCAGAACUUGGCUGUAAGCUACUCCACCAUCGGGGAGAGGACGCUAUUGCUGAAUUCUUGGGCGAUGUUGCUAAUGGCAAAUUGACCAACACAAAAGCAUCUUUCACUCGAUCCAGCCAUUCCAAUUACGCCCUGGCCCGCCACCUUAGAGGUCGAGAAAUUUCUGGCAUUGGGCCCUUGCUAUCGCAGAGUGGAAGACCAACGCUCAGGAGCCAAGCCAUGAGUUGUCUCGAGGAUUCUCUAACUCGUCAAAGUGAAUGGACUGAUUGCUGCGGUGAUAUAGCUACCAUUACCUGGACCGGUAACAACAGUUUCGUUUGCGGAGCCAUAGCUCACUCGGACAACUUUAACAUGCAAUACAACAGGGCUGGUAACUUGAUUUUCGGCUCCUUGUCGUCGAAUGAAAUGAGGGCUGUUCCUGGUCAUCGAAUACCUCGGCCAUUGGUUGCACUUGCCGAGAAUGCACAAAAUGCAUCGAACGCGAUGCGCGAGACUCAGGACCGAUGGCUUUACACAUCAGUAGUUUCAACGUCUUUCAGUGAGAAGAAUGAACUGACCUUUACUGCUAGUUUUGACAAAACUGUCAAAGCAUGGAGAGUUGCCGACGAUGGGUCCUCGGCGCAGCUUCAAGGGGUGUGGGAGCAUGACAAUAACGUGAAUUUCGUUGUCACUUCUACAAAGCACAACCGAGUGGCAACAGCAUCUGACGUGGGAGAUAAUGCCAUCCGAGUCUAUGAUUUAGACUUGAAUGAUGUUUCUCGCUCUCCGUACGAUACCUACACGGGAGAGAGAGCAAAAGAGCAACCUCUUGAACUUCGGGAACGAGACAACUGGGCGUAUUUCCCAGCCACGAUAGGCUGGGGAAAAUGUGAAAGCACGAAAAAUCUUCUUCUCGUGGGAUACUCUCCUCGGAGUACCAGGAACGAGGACAGUGACAUUCCUGAAGACCGACGCAAUACUGGCGAAUUGUGUCUGUGGGAUGUGGUGAACAAUGCUGGAAGGAUUCAGAUUCCUUCGGCCCGGUCACAAAAUGUAUUCGAAGUUCUUUGGCAUCCGUCACAACCUUGUUUCGUAGCCGCUACAUCUCCUGGUGGCAUUUUUGACCCAUCUACACGAACCCAGAUUCGAAUAUUCGCGCAGUCUCCCGACCACAUUGAUCACCAUUUUGUUCAAACGAAAGCGCUAGACUGUUCCGCUUUGGACAUCAAUGAGUUAACGAUGCUGCCGAACUCACCUAGCUCGAGUUUCGUUACUGCUAGUUGUACAGAUGGUAAUACUUACGUUUAUGAUACGGCGCAGGGUGACAAAGCCAUCCACGUGCUUAAUCACGGUGAAUCGCUCGAUAAUCCUUUACCUGAUGUGGACAGAGAAGUAGGAGACCAAGGGGUCAAAUUUGCUUCCUGGGGCCAAAGUAGUGAUCGAUUCUAUACUGGUUCAACAGAUGGCAAAGUGAAAGCGUGGGACGUCCGAGCCCCUGUUGGCAAAGCUUUUGUUCGAAAUGUACUAGAGGUCUCGGGUGGCAUAUCUGCAGGAUCAUUUUCUAAGGAUUUCUCCAAGUUACUAAUUGGUGAUGCUACUGGCAAGGUUCACCUUUUAUGUUAUGAUGACAGUGAGCUUCUGCCAGAGGUAGAAUCGACUAAGUUUUCUGGUCUAGAUGUCAAUCUUAGAGCUGUGGGAUCAGUUACUUCGAGGCGUCCUAGACCAAUAAUUCAACCUAAUGAGGAAGUCGAUACUCCUAAAGACAGUGGCGUUAAUUUAGCAAGGGGUUUCAUCGAGGACAGCCAACUUGUCAAACACUCCGACCCAAGGAUCGGGGUUGUACAAGGGCCUAAGUAUUCUGAUACUAGAUUAUUUGAUCUUCAAUCGCACGAGGCAUACGAUAGUACUUUGCCUUUGAAGCAAGAGGUGUUAGUUAAGCAGCAGUUUGUAGUAAGGGUUCCUAGGCCGGAAUUUAAGGUUGGCCGCGUGCCAAAAAUCAGCUCUUCUAGCGUUGAAAUACAUGCCCAGAAUGUGUUAAGGGAUAUCGCAUUAGAGCGCCAAGGUAUAGAGCUAGAUUGGGACUACACUUACAAGAAGGAACAGUCGCCACGCUUCUCGAAGAUUUUCGGAGAAGGAGGUGGCUAUUGA